GCUUUGCCGUGCUGCUCAGCAUUUCCUUCGUGGUACUUGCAGGUCCUCCGAAGGCACCGCAGCUGGCCUCGCUUGGAGGAGGUUUGGCACGAGCACUGCGACCGCUGGCUGAUCUCGCAUUGAAGCCGUGGCCUGCGGCAGCUUACGCGAAAUCGGACAUCCACCAAAGAAUGGAUUUCAGAUCCGAUCCCCACUGUGCAGAAAGGGUGUCGGCUGAGCCUACGAAGAUGGUGGGCUUGACUCCACAAGAGGUCGCAUUUGCUGAAGAACUCCUCGAGCAUGAUGCAGAUGAUACCACAUCCUUACCGGAGGAGGCACCACUCCUGCUCGAGCUGACGAUUUCUCCGCCAGGCGUUUUGGAGCUGCAGCGCUUGCAUGAGGCUGUUGAGGCCGACGAUGUGGAGCCUUUGCAGGCAGCCAUUUUGCAAGCCCAGGACGCAGGCGUGUCCGCCGAGGAGGUGGCCUUUGCUGUCGCUGUUUGCGCUCAACGCAAAGAGCAGCGCAAGCGACAAGCACUGGAGGUUCUGCAGAAGGUCAGUGCCUCCUGCAAUGGCAUGUCAGGCAUCGUGAAGCUGCGGUCGGCCUUGAUGCUUGCACGUGCGGCAGGGGUUAGCCCUGAAGAACUUCGGCCUGCAGAAGAUUUGUGCGCAGUUUGUGAAGCCAAAGCUCGGCAGCUGCUUCCAAGUUCAUUGGCUAUACAUCGCCGCGAUGCUGGCCAACCUCGCCCAGGCCAACGCCUGCGUUGGGCUGAUGAGGUUGACAUCUCAUCCACCGUGGAAUUUCCGGACGUGGCCAUGAAGUGA